AUGCAAGUGUUCGUAUUCGAUGAGCAUCGUUAUCGCGAGCUGGAGCCGCUGAACGAGGUGCUCGUCGAACGCGACGGCUCCCAAAUGCACCCGGAUCCGCAGUUUUUGGUCGUCGGACUCGGCCCCGACGACGAGUAUUCGAUGAAGUUUCGAUUGGAGUUGGCCGACGAGUACAGGUAUGGAAUUCUCGAAAUGAAAAGCAACAGAAAAGGAAGCGGCUUCAGAUUCUCCUACCAGAAUGACGACUGGUUUCCGAUAGCGCCGGCCGGUGUGAACGCGCAGUUGAGCCGAGUGUUUCAGCUGGAGACGCAGAGAGAACUAGGCGCCACGUGGCACGAGACGAUCAUCAGAUUCGAGCAAUUGCGGCUCACCAGAGAUCUGAAGAAUCUGGGCAGAAACAUGGUAGGCAUCGAUUCGAAUCGAUAUCGAUAAUCCGUGUAGAUCCGUCUAGGUCUACGUGGAGCCCUACCACAAGUACGUGCCGGUUCUGUCGGUGCUCCACGUCUCCAGCGGGCUCUCGUUCGAUUUCCGCUUCGAUCAGCUAAAGUUCGUGGCCGUCAAAGGCUACAAAUCGGUUCAGAUCCGCCACAUGAAACGCGACUCCUCGCGCUUUUUUCCGCUUUUCGUGCCGUCGAACUAUCCGCCUUCCGAAGUCACGGAAUCACUGGAUCCGAUGACUCUCCAGGUGCUCCCGUACGUCUACGGCGAGUUCUUUCCCCCACCACCACCUUCUCCGCAGUCUCACGACUUUUCGUGCAUGCCGCAGUCGGAAGUGGUUCAGUACAUGGAUCCGGAGCAGGAGGCAGAGAACGAGUACGAGCCCGAGUACGGAUGGAAUCUGAUUCUGGUGCCGGAGAAGCGGACGAAAGAGGAGAUGGUGACGAAGAAACUGGACCACGAGAUAUGGGGACCGCAGGAGAAGGAGCUCGAGAAACUGUACUUCCAGACAGAGCAGGUGAGCACAAAGAGUCCGAUCACGCGCACACAGUGCUCCUUUUCAGGACUAUCAUCCGUUGGAAAUGUACUGA